AUGAGUACGGCAUUCUUUGCCAAUCGCGACCAUCUAGCUUCACUUUUGAGUGGUGCCACUGCUGGGUUCUGUGUUGAUAUGGCAGUUUAUCCCAUAGAUACCAUAAAAACACGCCUCCAAAGUGCCGCACAUGUAGUGAAGCCGAUAGGAGGAAGAAUGUGUCUAUUUGCUGGUCUCCCCGCCGUUAUUCUUGGCUCAGCCCCUGGAGCUGCGUUAUUUUUUAUCUCGUAUGAGACGGUAAAACAUGCUUCACUGACCUCGGGUGUUCCGCUGUGGAUGGCUUCCAUGCUUUCCGCCUGCACCGGUGAUGCGGGAUGGUGGGGUCUCUAUCGUGGUUACUGGAGCCAGGUGUCUCGUGGUCUACCCUUCUGCCUCAUUCAGUAUCCCAUUUGGGAAAUUCUUAAGCGCGGCAUGGAGCAUUACAACAGACGACAAACACUGGGCGCCAGUUCUUUUGACCUCAGUGUAGGGGAGGAGUGCUUUCCCAGUUCCACUGAGUCAACUAGCCUAUCAAAGAAACAAUUUGCAGUGUGUGGAGCCAUUGCCGGUGCUAUUGGUGGCUCCUCCACCACCCCCAUGGAUGUGGCCAAGACGAGGAUCAUGCUAGCCGAGUCGUGCUCCGCACCUUCGCCAGAUGCUAUACCACCAACGCAGCAAGAGGUCUCUGCAAAUUUGAAGUAUAAUUACUCAGCUCGCAAAGCAGACCCAUCUGCGUCGUAUUUGUCAGAACCAAACGAUUCCUACAUGAAGGGAACUCCACUGGCCUCGGGGAGUGUCACGGUCGCUUUGCGGACAAUCUACCAGGAGGGCGGAAUUUCUGGCCUUUUUGCUGGUCUGGUGCCCCGUGUUUACAUCAAGGCCUUCGGUGGUGCUGUAUUCCUCGGUCUCUACGACAUCUCCAAACGCAUGUGGCUUGCCAACCUACCUACGAAGUCUUUCGAUGCGGACUAG